AUGACGCAGUUCCCGCUGCCUGUUUAUGCCGGGCGCGGACAUCCAUGGAAAAGCGAACAGCAAGUUAGGAGUCGUCCACGGAUCUCCAGUAGCAAAAAAAACGUUGGUACAACGAGCCACCGACAGCUGCAGCAGGAGAUGUACUGCAUGGAAAAGGACCGUCGGUCUCCUAUUACGCCAAAGGUCACAAACGAGGCGAUGCCUGCGGUUAAUAUCCGACGAUGGUAG